AUGACGUCUAUGGUCAACAUCCCGAGCGACAACGACGACCCGGCAUACAGGUACAAGAUGCCUAAGUUAGUCGUGAAGAUCGAAGGUAGAGGCAAUGGAAUCAAGACUAACAUUGUAAAUAUGGUCGAUGUGGCACGAGCCCUGAAAAGACCUCCAUCUUACCCCACGAAGUUCUUCGGCUGUGAGUUGGGUGCUCAGAGCAAGUUCGAUGAAGCCACUGACAAGGCCAUCGUUAACGGCGAGCAUCAGCAGGCUGACAUGCAGAGCCUUCUUGAUAAGUUCAUUGAACGAUACGUCCUUUGCCAAAACUGUCAUUUACCCGAAAUUGAUAUGAGCGUGAAGAAGGGAGAUAUUAAAGGCGUCUGCAAGGCCUGUGGUUGGAGAGGGAAUCUUGACAUGACUCACAAGGUGGCCACUUUCAUCCUAAAGAACCCUCCUCAAGGGGCUGAGGGCUUCGGAGGUAUUGCUAGAACAGGGAAGAAGGACAAGGCUGAGCGGCAGCGGGAAAAGGCCGAACGGCAACGCAAG